UUUCUUUUCUUUUCUUUUUCCUUCCUGUCCCUUUCGGUUUCAGUUUCUUCUGCAGGUAGCAGUAGUAGCACCGUAGCAGGUGGAAGAUGGCCAUGCUUUGCAGUCCUACAAACGCAACGUCAACUCAUCCACCUUCUCCUCUCUGCUUUCGAUCUUUGCUUCUUUCGGAUCCUUACGCCAACACACGCAAUCAGAGGUCCAUGCCCUACAAACUGUCUCCCUCUCUCUCGAUAUCUCCUGUACCCUCUGCAAUAACCUCUCACUGAGUAUUUCUUUUGUGUUUUUUGUGGAGGUACGGCUUCAUGUUUGGAAGAGAAUCAGCUCGCAAGUCGCAAGGAGCUUGGGGACUUGAUCGAAGACCUUUGCCAAUCGCCGAAGGGGAUUGAUUGUUAGUUCUCGCAAGGAAUCCUUACAGCACUUUAAAAAGCCCUGGGCCCACGAGCAUGAACCAAUUAGGGAUCUCGUUGAUGCUGUUAAGAUAUGGAUAAGUAUCUCAUAAAGAAGAAAUCAACUAUAGAAGAAACAUCAACGACCAGAGCGAAUAAUGAUUGCUCAAAAAGAAGACGUGUGGAAAUCAAUUUGGAAGAUCUCCCUUCGGAUCCCGGGCUAAGGAAGAAAAUUUCCGAUUAUCAUCCUAAUGUUCGCGAUAGAAUUAGAAGGCAUUAUUUGCAACAGGGUCCAUGUCAACCGCAAGGACAUGAUUUUCCUCAGAAGAAAUUUGGGAAUAUAUUCCGGCGCUUUAUUCCAAAAUGGUUUGAGGAGCAUAAAAAUUGGCUAGAAUAUAGUAUUGCGAAAGAUGCCUCCUUUUGUUUGUGUUGCUAUCUUUAUAGGCCGGAUAUUGGAGCGCAAGCAAGUGGUGAAGUAUUUGUGUCGGAAGGAUAUACAAAUUGGAAGAAAAAAGAAAAAUUCAAUGAGCAUGUUGGAGGUCCGGAUAGUGCCCAUAACAAAACUUGGAGAAGAUGCGAAGAUUUGAUGAAUCAACAACAACAUAUACAAUUUGCUUUUGAGAAGCAAUCAGAGCAAGCACGUACAGAUUAUCGACUUCGUCUGACUGCUUCACUUGACUGCAUUCGUUUUCUUCUAUCUCAAGGCUUGGCAUUUCGUGGGCAUAAUGAAACAGAAGAAUCGCAUAAUCAAGGCAACUUUCUUCAGCUCCUCUAUUUUGUUGCUAAUCACAACGAUGCUAUAAAAAAUGUUGUCUUGAAUAAUGCUCCAGGAAAUAUGAAAAUGAUAUCCCCAGAUAUUCAGAAGGAUCUUAUCCGUGCUUGCGCUAUGGAGACCACUAAUACUAUUCUUCAUGAGCUAGGGGAUGAAUUCUUUGCUAUUUUACUCGAUGAAUCUCGUGAUGUUUCGGUCAAGGAACAAAUGGCAGUUGCUCUAAGAUUUGUCAAUUCAGAAGGGUGUGUUGUUGAGCGUUUUCUUGGCAUUGUUCAUGUUAGUGACACCACCGCUUCCUCACUAAAAGCGGCUAUUCAGCUUCUUUUUUUGAAGCAUAAUUUGAGCUUGUCUAAAGUGCGGGGGCAAGGCUAUGAUGGGGCAAGUAACAUGCGAGGGGAAUUUAAUGGACUCAAAACUUUGAUCAUGCAAGAGAAUUCUUCUGCUUAUUAUGUUCAUUGUUUUGCUCAUCAACUUCAACUAGCUCUUGUUGCCGUGGCAAAAAAAAAAUCACAAGUUGCUGCAUUUUUCAACUCAGUGGCUAGUAUAACUACUCUUGUUGGAGCUUCAUGCAAGCGUAGAGAUCUUCUUCGAGAGAAGCAACAAAACAGAGUCUUGGAAGCAUUUGAAACUGGUGAAUUCUCAAUGGGCAAGGGUUCAAAUCAAGAGAGAAGUCUUCAAAGAGGAGGUAAUACACGUUGGGGAUCUCAUUAUAGGUCAUUGAUAAGUUUGACUGUCAUGUUCUCAUCGGUUAUUGAAGUUCUCCAAAUCAUUGAGAAAGAUGGCUCAACUGCAGAUCAAAGAGGUGAAGCAUUUUCCUUAUUGAGUGUUAUGCCAACUUUUGAAUUUGUGUUCAUCUUGCACAUGAUGAAAACUAUUUUGGGAAUCACGAAUGAGUUGUCUCUGGCAUUGCAAAGGAGAGAUCAAGAUAUUGUGAAUGCUAUGGUUUUGAUUGAAGUGGCAAAGCAACGUUUGCAAGAUAUGCGGGAUGAAGGAUGGGACUCUUUGAUAAGCGAAGUAUCUAUAUUUUCUGACAGAAAUGACAUUGAUAUCAUAAAUAUGAAUGAAAUGUAUGUGGCUCCAAGACGAUCGCGGCGGAAAGGUGAAGCCUUAACAAACUUGAGUUAUUUCCGGUGUGAGCUUUUUAACAGUGUGAUCGAUUGGCAACUUCAAGAACUCAACAGUCGCUUCAAUGAGGUGUACACAAAUUUGCUUCUUUGUGUGGCUUGCUUAAGCCCAAAUGAUUCUUUUGCCUCUUUUGAUAAGUCAAAAUUGAUUCAACUUGCUCGCUUUUAUCCUUCGGAGUUCUCUGAGGUUGAUAUUCAGUUGCUUGACAAUCAACUUGAGACUUACAUUCUUGAUAUGAGAUCUCAUGAAGAGUUCUUAAACCUAGAAAAUAUCGGAGAUCUUUCUCAGAAGUUGGUUGCCACAAGAAGGCAUAUUGUCUAUCCACUGGUUUACUUACUUAUGAAGUUGGCGUUGAUAUUACCAGUUGCUACCGCAUCGGUGGAGAGAAUUUUUUCAGCGAUGAAAAUUGUGAAGAACCGCCUCCGUAAUAAGAUGGGAGACUCUUGGAUGAACGAUUGUUUAAUAACUUAUAUUGAGAAAGAUAUUUUUUGUAACAUUGACAAUGAAAGAAUCUUGAAUAGCUUUCAAGUUAUGAGACCUCGAAAGGGACAUUUGUAA